GCCUGGAAUCAAGACUUGCAGCUAGGGUGGUCCCCGUUCGGGACCUGGGACAAGGGCAUCGAACGCUCAUCCCGGAAAUGCGUUCUCAACCGCGCCCUUCGCUACAUGCUUCAUUUUGUUGUUUGCUUCCUUUGGAUCGAUGCCCAUCGCAUCCGUCAUAACACGUGCAACGCCGAUCAUUGCGUCGGCACUAUCGCCGCGUUGAGAAAGGUGACUCUUUAA